UCUCCAUCAGUCCAUCCGACUUGAAAAGUAGAUAUUUGAUAUUUGAUAAAUGAUAAUACUCUGGAUUCAUCUGGACGCUAAAACCGCUAAAACACGGCGUCUCAGGCUCUCAGCCGUUUCCUGGCCCCCAUAUCCUCCGCCGCAAUUGCUGACGCUGACGAUACGGACUUUCAACUUUCAACGCCCAACCGAUUGUAUCAUGACAUCUUCUCCUUCUCGUCCCAACCGCCUCCUAUAGUUUUGGGUUUCAUUCCGCAUUUACACACCGAGAUCUUGCCAUCCCCUUCCUUUAUCUUUCCAUAUGAUCCAGAAUCCAUGGUCGCGUAACCAACCCCUCCACAUCCGCGACAUACCGUCUCCCUCGCCCGCGCCUCGCCAUGCCCGGUCCGGUCAGAUUGUAUAGUCGGGAACGCUCGACAUCGCCGGUCUGGGAGCGCAUCAGCGGCGUGACCUCACCCUUCCUCGAACGGCGGGACUCGCGCUCCUACUCCCGCCCGCCGGAAUCCUUCCAGAAGCGAUUCCUGCGACAGUACAACCAGCUCCAGCUCCGAGCGUUGCGGACGUUUGACCGGUUGUCGUUCAUACAGAAGAUACUGGUGAUAAUAUUGGGGAUCGUCACCGUGGUGUUGACCGUACUGUUGUUGAUAUACAAUGAGAGAAUCUUCGUCUGGUUGGCGCCGUGGGCGAAGAAAUGGGGAGAUCUGCCAGCCGGCUGGCUGAUAUUAUGGGUGCUGAUGUUUAUCGUCUCUGUCCCUCCGUUGAUCGGGUAUUCCACGUUCUUAGCCAUUGCGGGAUUUGUUUUUGGGUUUCCUAACGGCUGGUUCAUCGCCGCCACGUCCACCAUCCUCGGCUCCACCAUGUCCUUCAUCGUCUCCCGCGCCUUCCUCCGCAACCUCUCCAAAAAGCUCGCCGCCGACCCCCGCUUCGCCGCCCUCGCCCUCACCCUCAAGCACGACGGCCUCAAGCUCCUCGUCAUGAUCCGCCUCUGCCCCCUCCCCUACUCCCUCGCCAACGGCGCCAUCGCCACCAUCCCCACCGUCCACUGGGCCGGCAUGAUGGGCGCCACCGCCAUCGCCUCGCCGCGGCUGAUGCUCGCCGUCUUUGUGGGCGCGAAGCUGCGCGAGAUUGGUGAUAAUGGGGAGAAGAUGGACGCGAAGACCCGCGCGGUGAGCUAUCUAAGUAUCUUGAUCGGGAUCCUCGCGGGGGCCUUCACCGGGUGGUUUAUCUACCGGCAGACGAAGAAGCGCGCGCAGCAGUUGGAGGGCGAGGAGCGGACGAGGAUCGCGCGGGAGUCGGAGGAGGAGCUGGCGAGGGAGUACGAAGAUGAUCCGGAGGCGGGGUACGCGGCGGAGGUGAUCAGGGAGGAUAUCGAUGAUAUCUCAUUGCAUGAGCAAUAUCGGGAUGAUUAUAAUGAGGAGGGUUUCCUUGAUGCGGAUGAUCCAAUCCCUCGAGACGGUGUGGAAGAUGCGACGGAAAUCGGGGACGUGUUUGAUCUAGGGGAUGCGAGUGAGGGCGAUGAAGAUAAGCCUUUGGGGUCGAAGUAGCAUGUAUGAAUGAUGUAUAAGAGCUAGACACCUUGGAUUGGUCUGUCCGAUCCUCAUUGAUAGAGAAUCGACUUCGUGUCAGGAUCAUUUUCUCUACCUCGCAUUUUGGAGGUGACGACAUUCAGAUGCCCGACUGGUCGUUCAUGGGGGUAGCAGGAGCUGGGUUUCCCCAGGUUUCUCCAUCACUAACGGUUUUAUCAUGUCGAAGCCUGUGAUAUAACGCAUGUCGUCCUAUUCUCAGUCUGAAUCUGUAAUCCGAGACAGUAACCUGAGCAUCAUAAUUCAUAUACCAAUGG